AUGACUGCUUUUACCUCAGAUAUUGCUCAGUGGCUUCGAACAUGGCUGUUAUUCAUCACUUAUGGUAGUCAAAAUUUAGGCUAUUUAUCAGGUGAUAUAGACAAUUCAUUAGAACCACAUACAAUCUCACUAUAUUUUCCAAUGUUUGGUUAUACAAAUUCAGAAGAUUCCUCUGAUUUAACUGAUCACUAUAUUGAAUUAAAGUCAAGUGUUAAAAAUAUUAAUUUUGUAUUAAUUGUAAAUUUAACAGCACUUAAUUUAGAUAUGGUUGAUGAUAGAUUUCAAAUCUUAUGGAAAUAUUCAACAAGAACAGUUCCAGUCAACUUUAAAUUAAAUGAGUAUCGACAACUAAUAUUAGAUUAUCAUUUUCAUAAAUUUACUAAUGAGAAUAAAUUAAAUCAUGAAUUAUAUUUUAAUGUAUUAAACGGUCAAUCUAAAAUAUUAUAUGUAAUAUUUCAUGCAGCGUAUCAUAGUGAAAUAAUUGGAAGGCAUCAGUUUACGGUUAUUGAUUUGAAAACGACGAAUUCCUACAUAACAAUAAUGAUAAAUGUUAAGGAUAAGAACAUAUCAAACAAGCUGAAUGAACAUAAAAUCAUUUGUAAUGGUAAUAUACACUUUUGUUCGCUUAUAUAUAUGGCUGAUACAAAUACAAUAUGUCAACGUGAUGACACAUCUGCAUUGAAUGGAACGAUAGGUCUAUGGGGGAAUAUAUCUUCUCAAAAAAGUGCUAAUCAAUACUUAUUGGUGGCAUUAUCUAGUUUAUUUGCUGUGUCACUUUGUUUUGUCAUUGGUUUAGUUGGAUAUCAUGCUAGAAAACUAGGCAAAAUUAUAUCCCGUAGAACUGCUUUAAGAGCAGCUCAGUUGAGUUUCCCUCAAUGUCAUCAAUUACACUGGCCACGGAAUUUAUCUAUUGAAUUUUAUUUCAGUUUCUACCUGGUUAAUACCGCUGAAAAGAGUGACUCUUAAUUGCACGCCUUUUAAUUUAGAACCAGCUUCCCUAAGUCGAUUAAAUUUUUAAAUUGUUAGUUUACAACUGACGUCCUGACAAAGAAAUUACACAAGAGCUAUAAAGUUUCAACCUGCUAAUUUCAUGACAAAAUAUUCUUAAACAAAAGUAAAUUUUUAAAAUUCAUUUGCAAAUAUAUUUGAUCAUAAGCAAAAUUAUAAAAUUUCGAUAAAAUAAAAUGUUUGUUCAUUG